AUGUCAAGUGAAGAUUUACAGUGGCUCGAAAGUUACCUACGCCAUGGAUAUGAUCCGGAAGCCCAGGGAGCCGACGAUUCUGCAUCAUUCUUUCAGUCAAACCCUUACUUUGCGUUGCCCCCACCCUCCUCUUAUACAGCUGCCCACAAUGGCCCUCCCGGCUCUCAUUCAUAUCAGUACUCGAAUGAAAGGAGUGUGAGGCCAACUGGACCCAGCACCUCAGAAACCCCUUACCAGACUCAAUACUCUCGUCCCCACCAAGCGCAACCGCAUCAUCCUCCAGCUUCUACCAUGGCGCCACCUCCAGGCUCACAUACUGAAGGGUCGUAUCGGUUUCCCCCCUCUCAAGGACCGAAGUCGUUCCCGUCGCAAUCGCCGAAGCCGCCCCCUUCGCAAGAAUACAGACCGGGUGCUCCUCAAUUGCCCAAGCCAGUGCCGAUACACCAGGCUGGUCCUCCCCAAGGAAAUAAGCCGGAUCACCCUCGAUUGCCUCGACCGGUACCUGCCCAGGCAUCCAAGCCGGGGCCCCCUCCUGGAUACCAACCAGCCUCAUCUGCUGCGGUCCAUUCCAUGCCUUCACAACCGCAUACGACGACUCCAACACAGACGCCAGUAUCUUCAACCCUACCGCCUGCGCAAGUGUUACAUUCAGUUGUGUCGCCAAUGGAUCUUAUGAAGACGUCGAAUUCGGCCCCGCCAACACUUCCACCCGUGCCGGCUCAGACUCCCAGUUCACGCCCGUCACCCAUGCCGCCUGUUCAGGCAUCAAAUACACGUCCUACGCCAAUGAUAGGUCCACAGACAACGAACCCACGUGCCGCAUCGACGUUCCCGACUGAGUCGUCUGCCUUUUCUCGACCGACCAUCCCCACCAUACAAACGGCAAACUCUGCCUCUCCGCCCUAUCAACCUGCGCAAACAACAAAUUCGGCUUCGCAACCUACAAUGCAUCUAAAUAACGUCGCUGGGAAUGGAAGCGAGCCGGGUCAUGACGCCAAGAGACGUCGCAUAGCGCCUCCAGCUACACCUGGACGGAAAUCUGGGCGGCCCCCAAUGCCUACCGCGAAGGUGCCUCCUGGGAGUCUUCCAGCUGGAGGGCUCGCGGCUUACAAUUAUGCGCCUAGGACAACCGGCUCUACCCCGGGUAAAAGUCAUCUCAAAGCUCGGGGAGAUAUUGUGAUGCCAUUGCGUGAGGAAGAUGCUGCCGAAAAACUGUCUUAUGACCCGACGACAAUCGCCAGAGACGUUUUGAUAGCAGCGGGCCGUCAUCCAACCGAGGAGACAUUGAACCACCAUCUGCUCCGCCUGCGCGAUGUCUUCAUCCACGUUGACAGCUCGUCGGACUUGUCGACCUUUCGCUGGGACCUGGUCGAUCCUCUGGAUGCACGUGACCCGGGACCGCCCCAGCCACGGGCCACCGCCGCGCCACCGCCGCCGCGUCCCGCGCCCCGGCCGGUUCCCUCAUUGCCUGUUCAACAGAACAACACCUUCCUGUCCCGUCCACCACAACCUCCCCAACCGCCACAACGCUCCGGUCCCCAGCCAGGAGUGUAUCUACCAGCUCGUCCUCCACUACCGACGCAGCAGCCGACGCAGCAGCUCACACAAGUGCUUCACGUGUCAGUACCGCAAGUGCCCCAGCCGGUGUCGAGACCGUACAGCGGCUUCUUUCACUCGCGCCCUUCGGUGCAGCAUCCCCCACCCGCGUCGCGAGCACAUCCGCUGUCACAAGCCCGGCCACCCCCGCUGCUAUCUUCACACCCCCCGUCUCAGCCCAAUACACCCACGCCAACCGUGCAAGUGGCGGCAAUGACGGGCAGAAGACCGGGUCGACCCCCUGCCAGCUCGAAGGCGCAGCAGCCUGUCGCAUCGCCGCAGAUUCCGUAUUCGGUUUUUGCGUGUGGAUGGACGGACUGCCAAGCCCAGCUGCACAACAUGGAAGUGUUGAAAAAGCAUGUCUUCAAGGUUCAUGUGUCCCAGCAGCUCACGUGCGGGUGGAAAGGGUGCUCGCAUUCGGAGUCUUUACCUGCUGCGCUCUUGUUCAAGCACGUGAAGAAAGACCAUCUGGACCCGGUCGCGUGGAGACUGGGCGAUGGGCCCUCGGUGCCUGGAACCGUGGGUAACGAUGCCGGCGCGAGUCUUGGGCCUUGGGGGAUUCCGGACACCGCGCGACCGGUUGGCGAAGACUCACUCAUCUUCCCUGCCAGCUCCCGCUCUAUCCAUGCUUUUAACAAAGUCCAUGGGAAUAAUACGCCGCAGGAGAAGACCCGGGAGAUCUUCAAGGCGGUGCAACAACUAAAGGAGCAGAUCGGGGUGGGGUUGGACCCGGGGGGAUGUGAGCUUGCGACGCCCGCGCGCAAUGAGCGAGUGAGCAAUGACGAGGAGGUUUACGAGGUGGUGCCUGCAUCCUAG